UUCCUGUAGUUGCACUCUCAUCUGAGUUCCUCUACCUUCCUCUUUUGAGUCUGUUUCUGUCAGAGUGAGCGCGGACAGAGUUGAGCGGAACAGGAUGCAGGCUAUCAAAUGUGUGGUCGUGGGAGAUGGAGCUGUGGGUAAAACAUGUCUUCUCAUCAGCUACACAACCAAUGCCUUCCCCGGGGAGUACAUUCCUACUGUAUUUGACAACUACUCAGCUAAUGUGAUGGUGGACAGCAAGCCAGUAAACCUGGGCCUCUGGGAUACAGCAGGACAGGAAGAUUACGACAGGCUUCGUCCACUGUCCUAUCCACAGACGGAUGUUUUCCUGAUCUGUUUCUCCCUGGUGAGCCCAGCAUCUUAUGAGAACGUCAGAGCUAAGUGGUACCCAGAGGUCCGCCACCACUGCCCCUCCACACCGAUCAUCCUGGUGGGCACCAAGCUGGAUCUGAGGGAUGAGAAAGACACCAUUGAGAAGCUGAAGGAAAAAAAACUGGCACCGAUCACCUACCCACAGGGACUAGCUCUGGCUAAGGAGAUAGAUGCAGUAAAGUACCUGGAAUGCUCAGCCUUGACUCAGCGUGGCCUGAAGACUGUGUUUGAUGAGGCCAUCCGGGCAGUCCUCUGCCCCCAGCCUGCCAAGGUCAAGAAGAAGCCCUGCUCACUACUGUAAACGGAGAAGACGAGAAGAGCAAAAGACAUUCAGACUGAUCCUGGGUUAAAAGAAGAUUUGAAAGUUCUGUUAUGUCUCUAAUGGAAAACAACAACUACGUGUCCACUAGCUGGGGAAAAAGCCUUUGGCAGUCAUGACAAAACAAAAGAAAAUCUCUUUAUGCACUAGGCACCCUGGAAGACACUGAAUUUAUCUGUAAAUUAUGUCAAUUUAGCAUCAUACUGCCCUAGUUUGAACCCUUUGAGCAGCUUUAUCAAAUAAAACCCUUCCAGGUCAACAGUAUACACAAGCCGUUUUAUUUUAUUUUAUGAUAUUAAGUCACUGCAAAUGCAGCAUUUCAGUAAAAUGUGUUAGUAGCUUUUAAGCAAAGACAGUGUUUUUGAUUGAAAUGUAUUAACAGCAGUUUUAUUUGUUAUGAUAAUGAAAUAAAAGACCUCACAAAUAAAGAGAAAAAAUCUUAUUCUUUUGCGUCUCA